CUCCCCUCCUUUUCACUGUCAAUGUUUUGGUCCUGAAUUCUCUUUGCUUGUGUGAUAGGCCUACUACCCGCAGCAGUGAACGCAGGAGCCUAGAUAUGUUUCUACCACAAAAUCUAGUCAUAUCUAUCCUUUGAUUUCAAGGCAGUUGGCAAAGAGCUGGAUACUCUCUUUCAUAAUUAGGGAUUCAAAUGAUUGCUGCAAUCAGACUAGUCCCGACUGCUGCCCUGAUUCUCAGGCAAUCCCCGUCUUGGUCUAGCCCGCCCCUCCGGUUGAAUGGGAUCCCUCCGCAUCAGUUCGACAAUCGAUUCUCUGCUGUGAACGUCGUCUGAAAUCGGUUAUAAUUUUGGGGUUUACUUCGAUGACUGAGUCUGUGACAUUUUGUCGUUACAUUCGAUGAACUAUUGCCCAUCUCGUAAAUAAACAAGCAACGGCAAUACAUUGGUACUCGUCAGGGUCUAGGCCAUGGGGGGAACCAAAAGCAAGCCCAAAGACAUCAGCUCGGGAGGAGGGGCUGGCAGCCUCAACUUCAGCCCUGCCCAGCACACCCUCAAUCGGAACCCUGCAGUGGACGGGGCACGCCAGCCCACUCAGCCCCUGACCAAUACCCCGGAGCUGGCCCUGUUUGGGGGUGCGGAGUCCACCAGUAGCGUCACGUCUCCUAACAGAGGGACACUCGCAGGAGGAGUGACGACGUUCGUGGCGCUGUAUGACUACGAGUCUCGCACUGCCUCCGAUCUGUCUUUCAGGAAGGGCGAGCGGCUACAGAUAGUAAACAACACGAGAAAGUUGAACAGCAGAGAAGGGGACUGGUGGCUGGCUCGAUCUCUGACUACGGGAGAAAGCGGUUACAUCCCGAGCAAUUAUGUGGCUCCCUCCGACUCCAUCCAGGCAGAAGAUCAUCUCAGAUUGCCUAUGGCUUCCAGGUGGUAUUUUGGGAAGAUCACACGUCGCGAUUCGGAGCGGCUCCUGUUGGGUUUGGAGAACAGGAAAGGAACGUUCUUGGUGAGAGAGAGCGAGACCACCAAAGGUGCCUACUGUCUGUCAGUCUUGGACUAUGACAACACUAAAGGGCUGAACGUGAAACAUUACAAGAUCAGGAAGCUGGACAGUGGAGGGUUCUACAUCACCUCACGCACUCAGUUUAACAACCUACAGCAGCUUGUCGCACACUACCACAAGCAUGCAGACGGACUGUGCCACUGUCUGACAGAGGUGUGUCCUGUACUGAAGCCCCAGACCCAGGGCCUAGCACGCGAUGCCUGGGAGAUCCCCAGGGACUCCCUCCGCCUUGACCUCAAACUGGGACAGGGAUGCUUCGGAGAGGUCUGGAUGGGCACGUGGAAUGGUACGACGCGGGUAGCAAUCAAGACCCUGAAGACAGGUACCAUGUCCCCCGAGGCCUUCCUCCAGGAGGCUCAGGUCAUGAAGAAGCUGAGACAUGAGAAGCUUGUCCAGCUCUAUGCUGUGGUGUCUGAAGAACCCAUCUAUAUUGUUACUGAGUACAUGGGACAAGGGAGCUUAUUGGACUUCCUGAAGGGAGACAUGGGCAAGAUGCUCCGUCUUCCUCAGCUGGUAGACAUGGCCUCACAGAUUGCCUCAGGGAUGGCGUACGUAGAGAGGAUGAACUACGUCCACAGAGACCUCCGGGCUGCCAACAUCCUAGUGGGAGACAACAUGGUGUGUAAAGUGGCUGAUUUCGGCCUGGCCCGCCUCAUAGAAGACAACGAGUACACCGCCAGGCAGGGAGCAAAGUUCCCCAUCAAGUGGACAGCCCCUGAAGCUGCGCUGUAUGGCCGCUUCACUAUCAAGUCUGACGUCUGGUCCUUCGGGGUCUUGCUGACUGAGCUGGCCACUAAAGGCAGAGUGCCAUAUCCAGGCAUGGUGAAUCGGGAGGUGUUGGACCAGGUUGAGCGUGGUUACAGGAUGCCCUGUCCAGCUGAGUGCCCUGAGUCCCUCCACGACCUCAUGUUGACCUGCUGGAGGAAGGACGCCGAGGAGCGGCCCACCUUUGAGUACCUGCAGGGCUUCCUGGAAGACUACUUCACCUCCACUGAGCCCCAGUACCAGCCUGGAGAGAACCUGUAGUGCUGUAGCAGGGCUCAGGGUGGAAGAGAGGAACAGUGCUCUGGAUACAACCACACUAACCUCUGAUGCUCUGACCUCUGUUGUGCACCUGGAACUGAACUACCAAUGGCCACACACACACUCCUGACUCCCAUUACCAUUAUUCAUUGUGAUGAUAUCAUGAUUUAGUUAUCUUAUUGAUAUCCUUCUGAUUUGGAAAGGACAGUAGGAAUCUACUGGUUUAUUUUGAGUUGUGUUCAUGCCUGUCGGUUACUGUAUGCUCCUAUUGACGUUGUGCGGUAACUACAAACGCAUCAUCAGACAUUUGACACGAGUAGCCACCUACUGUAAGCACCACUUCAAUGUAUCUCUUUAUAGCUACACCUUUGGAGGGCUAAAUAAUCGACUGACUUCUCAUAUUCCAAUUGGUUCCUUUCUACAAUGAGGAUGUUUGAGGAUGUUUUCUUGGUAUGUGGUAUGCUGGACACUGUCUUCCAAUCUAUACCCACAGACUGCUUGAGAAGUAACUCUGAGGGGUACUUUUUUCAGGAUAUCACUUACUGUAUGUUAUGUUUUUGAUGAAUUUAGUUAUCAAACCUGAAUUAACUGGAAUAUUUGACAUUAUUAUCAGGUCACAUGCAUUUCAGGUGAAUAUUUCUCCUCUACAUUGUAGCCAUUCUUGACUAAGCAUUUAUGCUACUACUGACAGUUUGAGAAGUUGGCCGAGGUGGGCGGGACUUGGACUUCACAGAGACGUUCUAUACAUGGAACACCUCUUCAGGCACUCCUAAAGAAGAGGAGAUGGGAAUGAUUUGUUUGUUUAUUUGCAUUCUCUAUUUACAACUUUUCUAGAAGAAGACAAAAAGGCUACUGAUGAACAGUCUCCUCUCAGGACUGGGACCAUGAAUCCUGCUGCAAUGUUUUUGUGCCAAUGAUCAAAACAACUAUUUUCUACUCUCUUCUAUUGUUUAAAGUGUAUUUUUAUUACUCUUGAUUAACUUUUAUAUCUACGAAGUUCAAUAAGCGUUUUCCUGUAAUUAUAUACUUCAAUGAUAAUCGACUUAUUUGUGAAUCAUGCUCAACACUUGUGUACUGCAUACCUAAUAAUACCAUCCAUAUUCCAUCCAAUAUCUAAGGAAUGCAUUUUAAGUCUUUGGUUGUUCAAACAUUCAGAUUAAAACCCAGUCAAUGUUCUGCAAUGGUUUUCAGUUAUUUUCAGUAAAGCAGUAACCAUAAGACCUUUCACAAUAUAUUCUUUGAAAAGUGUUAUCACUGCAGCUGCUGGUCAUUUUGGAGGUAAUUAAUGUGGUUUUGUUUUCAUUGAAUGAUGGAGAGAUGAUUCUGAAGAUAUGAGGACUGAGCUUUCCAGUGGCUGGGGAAGCUGAAUUGGCAUUUUGAAUAUCCACUGUCAUUGGGAAAUUGUACAUAAAUAUCCUCAAUGCUAAUAUUUUUGUAUAUAUCCUGUUGGUAAUUUAUUCAUUUUUUAAAGAUACUUUUGGUUUGUCUUGUCUAUUUUCAGCAUCAUUCUACCACUGGCCAUCAUGUCUAUCUUUCGGUGAAGAAAGUGGUGUAUUUUCUUUAUAUAAUUACAUCCUUAUUUGUUCCACUUUUAUCUUUAUACGUUGUGUUCAUAUUGUGUCCAUCUAUCUAUAAAACUAUGUGGUACUCUGCAAUCAAAAAAAUAAAUAAUGACUCGUAUUGAAAA